AUGGAUAAUCCCAUGAGCCAAAAUACUUAUGAAAGGCAAUUACCGCGUGACGGCGAGCAGAAUAUGUCGAUGUUCUUUGACUUUGGGACGGCUCAGGAGCUAGGAGACUUCCAACCAUCAACGACAACACAAAAUCAAGAGACAGCAUCAAGGGGAGGUAUACGAGUGUCGUUGGCAUGUAUCCCAUGUCGAAGUCGCCAUGUCAAAUGCGGCGCUGAAAUGCCCAACUGUAGCCGGUGUCUACAGGAUGACAAGCCAUGCUUCUAUGCAAAAUCACGAAGAGGGAUGCGAGAUCGAAACGCUCCACGAAAGAAGUCCCCCCAGGGAGGUAAAGUCAGUCCAGUUCUCGGACCCCAGGUUUUUCGUGACCAUAAUGCCAUGGGCUAUGCUAUUGGGACUUCUUCGAGCGGAUCGUACACUGGUCUGUCAUCUGAGACUUCCCUAAGCCCUGCAAGCUCUUCUUUAAAGUCGGCGAGCCCAGCAAGGCUAAUCGACUUAUAUUACAAUUUCUUUUACAAGGCUCAUCCAUUCGUGCUACCUCGUUAUUAUUUCUUCAGCCGACUCGAAAAUGACCCAGAAUCUCUAAAACAUUUACGAGCCGUGAUACAGUACAUCGGCUCACUGUACGCACCUGAUAUACCAUCCGCUGAGCAUAAAGAGCUUGCCUUAAGCCAGCUAGAUCUACCCAAUAUGCCACCAAAUGGGUUCACAGUGCAAACCUUGCUUCUAAUAGCAAUUGUGUUUCACUGUGAUGAUGAGAUGGAUCGCGCUCGUGAGGUCUUAGAUCGAGCUAUAUAUCUGGCACUGGAACUGAGGAUGAACUCGCGUGAAUUUGCAAAUAUUGAGCGAGAUCCUGUGUUAGCUGAGAGUUGGAGAAGGACGUACUGGGGACUUUUUGUUACUGAUUCUAUGAUUGCCGGGAUAACACGCGCGCCUAGUUUCAUGCCUCCGGCGUAUGUCAUCCCCCGUGCGAGGACAUUUGCCGAAUACGAUGAUCGGGAUUUCGAGGACGAAACACCAAUCUUCAGCUCUUUCACCUACCUCGUUGAUCUCUGCCGCAUUUUUGGCAGCCUGCUCAACCUUGAUCAACUCUCUAUGAAAGACCGAGAAUUAGCUGUUGCGAACGCUGAUGCUAUGCUUGUAAAUUGGAAGCUGCAUCUUCCUCCCGAGAAGCGCGGCGUCAUCGAUAAAGACGAGCAAGUCGAUGAACUUCUCUUCCAGGCUCAAGGUCUUCUUCAAGUUCUCCUAAUAUUCAUUCACCGCCCCCUCUCUCGCCUCGCCCACUCCCCCAUCGAGAAAAUAUCCCGCUGUGCCCCACCCCCCUCCUCUCUCACUUCACCCCCAAAUCCCCGAACCCUCUGGCUGCACACCCGCAAGACCAUCCUCGCAGCCGAGACCGCCAUCGACCUCCUGGCCCUCCCGUGCCCACUACUGAACCACACUCCCCUCUCAGCCUGCAGCUUCACACUGACAACACUUGCCUGUCUCUCGGCGUGUUGCUAUGUACUGGAAGGUCAGGAGUGGUUGCGGAUGAGGGAUCGGGUACGGUUGGGGCUGGGCGGCUUGAAAGCGUUUGGUGAGGUUUGGGGGACUAGCAGGCGGACUGAGGGCGAGACGAAGAGGAUUGCGCGGGCGGUUUUUGAGGCUGGAGGGACGGGCGAGGGUUCAAGCGGGAUGUCGCCGGAGACAGGGCAGUUGGUGAAUUCUGGGGAUUCCGUGGAGCAGAUUGGCUUUGGUGGUGCUGGUGACAUGAUGGGUGGAAUGGAGAUGGGGUGGGAGGAUCUGAGGGAGAUGGAGUAUCUUGGCAUGUUGGAUAGGAUGGGCCAGCAGGGCCAGAGUAGGUUUAGCAUUUGA